AGCUGGCGUCAGUACCAUCACGCCGCACGUGUCUCCGCAACAGCCGAAGAUCAUGCGAGCUCAACCCCGCACAACACCCCGCAGAGCACCGUGCACCGGAGAGAAACACGGGACAGCAGCGGCUUUAUUUACGCGAUUUUAACCUCAACACUCACUCGGGGCAGCAUUUCGGACCGACGCAGGGUUACGCAGACCUGAGGCGUGCUGGUUCGUUUGGCGCGUUACCGGAGAUCUCUGCGCUUACGUCGGCUCGUUUCUACGUAGAAGCGUGCCGGUUUUUGGUAUCCGAGUGUGUUAAAAAAAAAAAACAACAACAACAAAAAAAAAGGACGUUUUCGGGGGCGUCAUGGCGGAACUCCUGAUCAGCGGGCAGACUGGCUACGUACCGGACGACGGGCUCACCGGACAGCAGCUCUUCAACGGAGGAGACGGCCUCACGUACAAUGACUUCCUGAUUCUUCCUGGGUACAUCGACUUCACAGCAGACCAAGUGGACCUGACAUCAGCACUGACCAAACGCAUCACAAUGAAAACUCCUUUUGUGUCUUCUCCCAUGGACACAGUCUCAGAGGCCAGCAUGGCCAUCGCUAUGGCACUGACCGGUGGAAUCGGCUUCAUCCACCACAACUGCACUCCAGAGUUCCAGGCCAACGAAGUCCGCAAAGUCAAGAGGUACGAGCAGGGCUUCAUCACCGACCCCGUGGUCAUGAGUCCGAACGAACAGGUGAGAGACGUGUUCCAGGCCAAAGCUCGGCACGGAUUCUGCGGCAUUCCCAUCACCGACAACGGCAAGAUGGGAGGAAAACUGGUGGGAAUCAUCUCAUCCAGAGACAUCGACUUCCUGAAGGAGGAGGACCACGACCUGCCACUCAGCGAGGUGAUGACAAAGAGGGAAGACCUGGUGGUGGCUCCAGCAGGAAUCACACUAAAAGAGGCCAACGGGAUCCUGCAGAGGAGUAAAAAAGGGAAACUACCCAUAGUGAACGAGGAGGGAAACCUGGUGGCCAUUAUCGCACGCACAGACCUGAAGAAGAACAGAGACUUCCCUUUGGCCUCUAAAGACCCCAGGAAGCAGCUACUGUGUGGAGCAGCCAUCGGCACACACAACGAUGACAAAUACAGACUGGACCUGCUGGUGCAGAGCGGUGUGGACGUGGUGGUCCUGGACUCCUCUCAAGGAAACUCAGUUUUUCAGAUUAACAUGAUCAAAUACAUCAAGGAGAAGUACCCAGAUCUGCAGGUGAUCGGAGGAAACGUGGUGACGGCGGCUCAGGCCAAGAAUCUGAUCGAUGCUGGAGUGGACGCGCUCAGGGUCGGGAUGGGCUCUGGCUCCAUCUGCAUCACACAAGAAGUGCUGGCGUGUGGUCGUCCCCAGGCCACUGCGGUCUAUAAAGUGUCAGAAUACGCUCGCAGGUUUGGGGUCCCGGUGAUCGCAGACGGAGGCAUCCAGACUGUAGGACACAUCGCCAAAGCUCUGGCCCUGGGAGCAUCCACGGUUAUGAUGGGUCUUCUCGCUGCCACCAGUGAAGCUCCAGGAGAAUAUUUCUUCUCCGAUGGAAUCCGGCUCAAGAAAUACAGAGGCAUGGGCUCACUGGACGCAAUGGACAAGAACCUGGGAUCUCAGACCAGAUACUUCAGUGAGUGUGAUAAGAUUAAAGUGGCCCAGGGCGUGUCUGGGGCCGUUCAGGACAAAGGAUCCAUCCAUAAGUUUAUUCCGUAUCUUCUCGCUGGAAUCCAACACUCCUGUCAGGACAUCGGUGCCAAGAGUCUGACACAACUACGCUCCAUGAUGUAUUCCGGAGACCUGAAGUUCGAGAAGAGGACCACAUCAGCACAAGUCGAGGGAGGAGUCCACAGCUUGCACAGUUACGAGAAGCGCCUUUAUUGAAACACCAUUUCUGUCCAAACUGAACGAUAUGCAAAAACUCCACGAGAAACUACUGAACUGAACUUGAGUCUUCCUCCUGCUCCAUCUAUGCAUCCAAACGUGUAAAAGUGUAAACCAGGGCUCAGCUGUGUGACACGUCUCUGCUGUCUGUGUGGUGUCUAAUAUCAUAACGUAUGUCCGAAUAAUAAAGAUCAUGUUUUUCCAUA